GUUGGUUCAAAGAUUCACAAUGAAGCUGUGUGAAUUUAUGCCUUUCACUUGUAUGAUGCUGUUAGCAGUGCACGGGUUAAGAUGUUACACCUGUUGGGGUGAAAAUCUGGGCAAUUGCAACCGCAUAUGGACGUGCCCUGCAGGCUACGACCGCUGUUCCAGCACUAUUGUUGCUGAAAAUAUGAUCACCAAGAAAUGCAUGAGAAGUGAUGUGUGUAGGAAGGUUUAUUCUGUGGGUAUGACUUGCUGCUCUGGAGACCUGUGCAAUGGUGCAAAUCCCAGUGGAGUCUCCAUUCCUCUGCUGCUGGUACCUUUAGUCAUUAUUGUGCUUUUCUGCUGA